CCUUGCAUGCAAUGGACCUCCAAUCAUCACCUAAUUAUGCUAGAAAAUUAUGGAGUCAUCUUCAGAUAAGCAUGAACAUCAUGAGGAAAAGGCUUAUAUCUAAGAGAAGGCUUAUUUUGGACAUAAGCCUCAUGGUGAAGAAAUGGAGACCAAUGUUUCACCACCACAACCACCGCCGGAGCUGCGACAAGGUCACAGCCGGCUUCUGUCUGCAUGAAUAUGAGUUCUCAUGCAGCAACAGCCCUGCCAUUCCUAUCUUCUUCCCCAAAACAAAUAGGAAACACAGUCACAGUCAUAAUUAUUUGCCAUGCAACAUUGCAACUUCAAGUAGUCUCCAAGAAGAACCAGAGACACCAUCAAAAUUAGAGUGCAUGAAUGAUUCAUUAGAAGAUGUGGAUGCUGCCGCAGAGAAGUUCAUUAACAAGUUUUAUGAACAAUUGAGAGCUCAAUGCAGUGUUCAAUUGUUAGAGUAUCAAGAGUUGGAGUCUGAUCAGGACAUUAUUCUAACAUGA